AUGAAUGAAAAAAAAGAAUUACAACAAGAAUUAGAAUUACAAGAAUUUCAAACACCAAAAAAUCAACAAUUAGAAAAAUUACAAGAACCAAAUGGAGAAAUUAGUUCAACUGGUAAUGAAACUUCCGAAAGUGGUAUAAGUUCACCACCAAUUUCUCAAAAUGAUAAUAGUAAUAAUGAAAAUGAAAGUUUAAAUAUAACUCCAAAUAAACCAUUUGUUUCAAUGCAAGAGGAAUUACAAAAUUUAGAUAUUGAAAAUAUUCCAAUUCCGCCAACCAUUCAAACUCCAAAAAUUUAUAAAAACACCAAUAAUUUAAUUCAUAGUAAAAAUAAUCUUUCACUUCCAAUAAGUUUAUCACAAGAAAAUAUUGUAAAAUUAGAUAAGGUUGAUAUUGAAUCAAAUGAUCAAGUUAAUUCAAACACCGAUAAUAAUAAUAAUACCAAUAAUAAUAAUAAUACCAAUAAUAAUAAAAAUGAAAAAAUUGGAUUAAGAAGUAAAAUUUUUAAAUCAAAAAUUUUUAUUAAAAUUCGUGGUUGGUGGUGGCAUAGAGGUAUUUCAACAUAUAUUAUGCUAUUUUAUAUUGCAUUAAAUAUUGGUGUUGGUGUACAUAUGUUUUAUAAUAUGUAUCAUAGUGAUAUUUUUAAAUUUUUAGGAUUAUCAUUUUGUUUUUCAAGAACUGCUGCUAGAUUAAUUAAUUUAAAUUCUGCUGUUAUUUUAUUACCAGUUUUGCGUAAUUUCCUAUCAUGGUUAAGAGGUACAAUCGUUAAUAAUUAUAUACCAAUUGAUAAGCAUUUAAAUUUCCAUAAAUUAUGUGCAUUUAUGCUUUUUUGUUGUACAAUUAUUCAUUGUGUUGGUCAUUAUAUUAGUUUUAAAAAAAUUAAUGAUGAUGUUUUAAAAAUUGAUGAUGGUAAAAGUGUUGCAGGUGAUUAUUUAAAUAUUAAUAUUAAUAAUUUUCCAGAUGAAAAAUAUUUAUUUUUUAAAUCAGUACCAGGUAUUACUGGUCAUAUAAUGUUGUUAAUAUUAAUAUUAAUUGUUUCAUCAUCAAUGUGGAGAAUUAGAAGACCAAUGUUUGAAAUAUUUUGGUAUGUUCAUCAUUUAUUUAUACCAUUUUAUAUUUUAUUAUGUUUUCAUGGAUAUUCAAAAAUUUUAAAAAAAGAUCCACAAUCAUGGAUGUGGAUAAUUGCACCAUUCAUUUUAUAUUCAAUUGAAAGGUUAAUUAGAAUUGCUAGAAGUAAAAAGAGGGUAAUUCUAGAGAAAGCAAUUAUGCAUCCAAGUAAAGUAUUAGAACUUAGAAUGAAAAGAGAUAAUGAUAAUUUUAAUUUUAAACCAGGUCAAUAUCUUUAUUUAAAUUGUCCAUCCAUUGCAUACCAUGAGUGGCAUCCAUUCACAAUAACAUCGGCACCUGAUGAUCCAUUCAUAUCAGUGCAUAUUAAUAUUGUUGGUAAUUGGACUAGAAAAUUAUUUAAAUUACUUAAUCCUGAUAAUAAAUUAGGUUUGAUUCAAGAGGACCUUAAAUCCACCCAAAAUAGGGGUAAACGUAGAAUUUUGAAAAUUGAUGGUCCAUUUGGUGCACCAGCUGAAAACUUUUUCAAAUAUCGUAAUUUAGUAUUAAUUGGUGCUGGUAUUGGUGUUACACCAUUUUCAAGUAUUUUAAGACACCUUAAAAAUCAAAAUGAUAAACAAACCAAUGCUGAUGAAAAUCAUUUAAAAAUUAAUAAAAUUUAUUUCAUUUGGAUUAGUAGACAAAAGAAUUCAUUUCAAUGGUUUACUGAUAUUUUAGCAGAAUUGGAAAAUGAUGAAAGAAUCGAUAGUAUCUUGGAAAUUCAUAUAUUUUUAACAGGUGCUUUAGAACUUGAUGAUUAUGCAAAAAUUAAAAAUGCUCAAAAAUGUCACAUUACAAAUUUACAUUCAAAAACUUUAUUUGGUAGACCAAAUUUUCGUUCAAUCUUUAAUCAAUUAACUCAACUUCAUCAAAGAGAGAAAAUUGGUGUAUUCUAUUGUGGUAAUAAAGCAUUAGGUAAAAAUAUCAUUAAAAAUUGUAAUAAAUUUAAUGGUAAAAAUAAUUGUCAUUUAAUAUUUCAUAAAGAAAACUUUUAA